UAUGCUCGCUCUGCUAUCAAUCAACUGUGAAUGUAACAGCUGUUUAAUUGCAAAACUACAAAUUUGUAAACAUUUUUGUCAACUAAAAUUAAAAUUAUUAAAAUAGUUUAAAAACAUAAAAGGAUAAAAAUGGCUAAAGAUGAGAAAACAGGAACAAAAAGAUCACGUCGAGAUAGAGGACGUGACAAAGCAAAACCACCAACAAAAAUAGUUAUACGUCACUUGCCACCCACCAUGACUGAGGAAGAGUUUCUUAAGCAAAUUGAUCCUUUGCCCGCACAUGAUUUCUAUUAUUAUGCCGAAGCCGAUUGGUCCUUAGGAUUUGAUGCCACUUGUCGUGCCUAUAUAACAUUUAAGAAUUACGAUGAUGUUUUUCUAUUUCGUGAUCGUUUCGAUGGCUAUGUUUUUGUGGACAAUAAGGGCAAUGAAUAUGCGGCCAUAGUGGAAUUUGCACCAUUUCAGGGAUUUCUUAAGAAUAAAUCACGUGGCAGUGAUAAUAAGGUGAAUACCAUUGAACAGGAAUCCCACUAUCAACAAUUUCUAAAGAAACUAGAAGAAGAACGCGAGGCAGCCUCCAAAGGAGGAGAAACAAAAUUGGAAUUUUCUUUGGAUAGCAAAAAGGAAGAAAUCACGUCUACACCUUUGCUACAAUAUUUGGCCACUAAGAAGGAGAAACGACGUGAGGAUGCCAAGAAACGUACAGCCGAAAAGAAACGACGUCGUGAGGAGGAAAAAGAGAAACGUAAACAAACUCAAACCACUGCCCAACCUAUAAAGGUAUUAACUCCUGAAGUUUCUAAUAAGAAAGCCGAUAAUCCCGAACCGAAAUCUAAUCAAACUAGAGAAGAACCCAAAAAUGCUAGAGCUCGUCGUCGUGAAGAACGUAAUCGUUUAAGACAUGAGGCUUAUUUACAAAAGAAAAAAGCCUUCGAAGAGCAAAAGAAACUGGGAGGUCUUACUACAAAUGCGGAAAAAGAAUCAGACAAUAAUCAAAGUAAAAAAGAGGAAGAGCACAAAAAUGAUAAAGGUAACGAAAGUGAUGCUAAAACCUCCUCUGAUACUGCCAGCAAGCCUAUAGAGAUUUUAAAGAAAUCAAAAGCUGAUGAACUAACCGAAUCUGUACGCAACUUUAUUUUCACAACCGCUGCCACUAACUUACCUACAGUGACGGCGGAGGGUAAAACCGAAAAAGAAACUAAGACGGAAAUCGAAAGUAAAUAAACUAAAUCUACGGAGGAUUUGGAUAUGUUACAGGAUAAACUAGCAAAAGUUGAUAUCAAUAAAGAAGCUUCGAAUGCAGAAGAGGACAGAAAGCCCACCAAGGAGUUUAAGGAACAAAAUAAACGGGAAAAAUUGACACAAAAGCAAUUGGAUGAAAAAAGAGAGGAGCGGCGCAUCAGAAAUAAG